CCCCGCGCCCGCCGCGCCGCGUCGUGUCCCGUCCAGAAGCAGGGAGCGCGCCCGCCAGGCCCGCACCAUGGCACGGCUCGGCUUGCCCGCGUUGCUCUGCACUCUGGUUGCACUCAGUGCCGCGCCGCUGGCCGCUGAGCACAAGUCGAAAAGUUGCUCGGAAGUGCUCCGUCUCUACGUGUCCAAAGGCUUCAACAAGAACGAUGCCCCUGCCUAUGAGAUCAACGGCGAUCAUUUGAAGAUCUGUCCCCAGGGUUAUACCUGCUGCUCUCAAGAAAUGGAGGAGAAGUACAGUCUGCAAAGUAAAGAUGAUUUCAAAAGUGUGGUCAGCGAACAGUGCAAUCAUUUGCAAAACGUCUUUGCUUCCCGCUACAAGAAGUUUGAUGAAUUCUUCAAAGAACUACUUGAAAAUGCUGAGAAAUCCCUGAAUGACAUGUUUGUGAAGACAUACGGCCGCUUAUACAUGCAAAAUUCGGAGCUAUUUAAGGAUCUCUUUGUCGAGUUGAAGCGCUACUACGUGGUGGGGAACGUGAACCUGGAAGAGAUGCUCAAUGACUUCUGGGCUCGCCUUCUGGAGCGGAUGUUCCGCCUGGUGAAUUCCCAGUACCACUUCACUGAUGAGUAUCUGGAAUGUGUGAGCAAGUAUACAGAGCAACUGAAACCUUUUGGAGACGUCCCUCGGAAACUCAAGCUGCAGGUUACCCGAGCUUUUGUAGCAGCCCGUACCUUUGCUCAAGGCUUAGCAGUUGCAAGAGAUGUAGUGAGUAAAGUCUGUGCGGUGAAUCCCACAGCACAGUGUACCCAUGCCCUGCUCAAGAUGACCUACUGUUCCCACUGCCGGGGUCUGGUGUCUGUAAAGCCCUGCUACAACUACUGCUCAAACAUCAUGAGAGGUUGUUUGGCCAACCAAGGAGAUCUCGAUUCUGAGUGGAAUAAUUUCAUAGAUGCUAUGUUGAUGGUCGCAGAAAGACUCGAGGGCCCUUUCAACAUCGAAUCGGUCAUGGAUCCCAUCGAUGUGAAGAUUUCAGAUGCCAUCAUGAACAUGCAGGAGAAUAGCGUACAAGUGUCUCAGAAGGUUUUCCAGGGCUGUGGACCCCCCAAGCACCUCCCUGCAGGCCGGAUUUCUCGCUCCAUAUCAGAAGGUGCCUUUAGUGCUCGCUUCCGACCGUAUCAUCCCGAGGAACGGCCGACCACAGCAGCUGGCACAAGUUUGGACAGACUGGUUACCGAUGUCAAGGAAAAACUGAAACAAGCCAAAAAGUUCUGGUCCUCUCUUCCCAGCAAUGUUUGCAAUGACGAGAGGAUGGCUGCAGGUAACAGCAAUGAAGAUGACUGCUGGAAUGGAGAAGGCAAGAGUAGGUACCUGUUUGCAGUCACAGGCAAUGGAUUAGCCAACCAGGGCAAUAACCCAGAGGUCCAGGUUGAUACCAGCAAACCAGACAUACUGAUCCUUCGUCAAAUCAUGGCUCUAAGAGUGAUGACCAGCAAGAUGAAGAACGCGUACAAUGGGAACGACGUGGACUUCAUUGACAUCAGUGAUGAAAAUAGUGGAGAAGGAAGUGGCAGUGGCUGUGAGUAUCAGCAUUGCCCAUCGGAAUUUGAAAAUACUGCAACUGACCAUGCCGGGAAGACCGCCAAUGAGAAAAAAUCAGCUGACAAUGCUGGUGCCUGUCCGGGGGUACAGCCCUACCUCCUCCCUGUCCUCUGUAUCUUGUUUCUGGCCAUGCAGAGAGAGUGGAGAUAAUUCUCAACCUUGGAGGGAAAGUGUUCAUCAUCAAAGAGUGAAAAGGCACCAAUUCAUCACUUUUAUACCAUGCUCGUGACUUUGCUUUUUAAAAGACUGGACAACAAUGUACAGUUUUUACUAUGUGGGCA